CACACGUGCUGCGGUGUGCCUGCGGAGUGCCUGCGAAGUAACGAGUUAGUCUUAGUUUCCCGGGUGAGACGUGCCCUCCGACUUUCAUGGACCCGUUCGGUUGGUACCCUCCGCCCGGGCCGCCCCCGGUGCUAGCGCUCCCGGGGUCUGAGUCCAAUCAGUCUGCGCAUUGGGCAUCUUGGGUGCUUCCUCCUCCACCGCCCCCACCGUCCAUUCCACCGCCUCACCUACCUCCUCCCCACCUGCCUCAGUCUUCCGAGAACUCGUGGGACUUCCAAGCGGCCCGAGACUGGUCCUGGGCGCCGGCUCCGGGCCACGAUGGCUUCGAUCCUCAGCAGGGACACUGGUACCAGCAGCCAGGCAGAAACUAUAAUUUCCCUAGGAAAAAUCAUGACAGAUCAAAUCGAAAUUUCAAAAAUCAACAAAGUGGAAACCAGAGACCAAAGAAAAAUAAAGAGCCAGUUUAUACCCAUUUCUGUGAUACUUGUGAUCGUGGCUUUAAAAAUCAAGAAAAAUAUGAUGAGCACAUUUCUCAGCAUAGAACAUGUUCGGUGGAUGGUUGCAGUUUUAGUGCGCAUGAAAAGAUUGUUCAGAUUCACUGGAGAAAUGUGCAUGCUCCUGGUACCAAGCGGAUAAAGUUAGAUACUCCAGAGGAGAUUGAAAAGUGGAGAGAAGAGAGAAGAAAAAACUUUCCAACCCGAGCCAAUAUUGAAAAGAAGAAGCUGUUACAGGAGGAGAAAGAGCAACGAGGAGAAGUAUUGACGACUACACAGUUUGGAAAGAUGCAGAGGAAGUGGAAACAGCAUCCAAACGAAGCAGCCGGGAGGCAUUCGUAUGGGAGGCACAGGAAGUGGCAGAAGUGGCAGAAAUGGCACGGAGGCUGGAAAAUGCCAGAAACUGGUGAAAAUAUGGCCCGAGGAGCAUCUCCUGCAGCCUCUCCAGGCAGCUGUCGAGCAGAAGAGCCGCAUGAAGUCCAGACAGAGAUCUAUCAGAAGGAUCCUCUGAGUGUGCUGGCUGACAGUGAGGCUGAGUCCGACAAGGAAGAGAAGCCAGAAAAUGUUGUCAUCCCCAAGGAAGUCACCUCGGCCCUGGGCUUACUGAUGACUAACUACGGGAACAUGUCGGGGUCAGAAAGUGAGCCAGAGGAAACUUCCAUCAAGAUAGAAGCAGAGCCCUCAGCAGAAAACCAGGUCAUCCUCAAUGAUGUCCCUCAGAGUCCAAGUCAAGAUAUCCAGACACGAGGAAGAAACCUCCCUGAGAUUAAGACUAAGAACUUAAGGAAAAAUUGGAUGAAAAAAAAUUUUAGGUAUAAGAAAAACCUCUACAGAAAAAAGACAAUUUCUGAACCACGGAAAAGACGUCCACACCUCCUAGAGAUGCUUUUAGCACAGGACAUAAGACAUGAAAGAAAUGUGAUUUUGCAGUGUGUUCGAUACAUCAUCCAAAAUGACUUUUUUGGACUUAACUCCAAGGCAGAGCCACUAGGAAAAACUAAGAAUGACCAGGUAUCUGAAGUUUCAGAAUCAUGAACGUACCUAUCCAGAAUGGCAUCCUGGCAUCUUGGAGGCCAGCCCUGCAAGGACAUCUGGACAGAAAGGAGAACUUUUACUCUAAUUGAUAAAUUUCAUGUAAGAUAUGAUCUCAUACUCUCAGAGCUUUCAUUGGAGAUGCCAAUUGAAUCUUGAGUCUCUGUGCCGUUGGCAUUGUGCACAAGCUUUGCUGGUGGAAUGUUUUUUCCUAUUUACUUCUGAUGCCCAGGGAAAUUCAGAGGCAACCCACAGAUUGGAUUGUGGGAUUGUAGUUUAAAAUGUAUAAUUCAGUUAUGCAGAGACCAAGAGGCAGGGGCUGGGCAGGGAGGAAAGUUGUAGCUUUUACAAAAUGUUUGCACAAUAAAGGAACUAAGUUUUUUGACUUUUGAUGAGGAGGGAAAAGAACAGAAAUAAAUGGAUUCCCAAGUUAGGACUUAUAAAAUUCAAAUUCAAAUUUACCUGUUUUAGUCUCCAGCACCUAGGUGCAAAUCUAGCUGUGCUCAACCACAUGUUGCACUUUGGAAAUGCUUGUAUAGACAUGCUCUCAAUUUGUACUGUAGAUUCAAUUGAAGUGUCCUUUGCUAUAGUUCAGGUUUGGACCAUUGUUUUUUUUCUAGUGAAAAAGCAUAUAAAAUCCAAUAAUGAGGUUCAACUCAUUUUAUAGCAAAAGCGGUGUUGGUGAAAUAAUGUAAGCUUAGGUCCUAAGUUUCAGUUAGUUCAUCGUAAAGAUAAUUUUAUCCUUAUUUUUAAGAAGUAAGUCUUUUUUUUGAAUAAAGCCAUUGAGGUCUCUUGCCUCAGGGA